UACAAACACACAUACACAUUCAGCCAGGCAUACAAACACGGACCAACACAUCUGAGAGAAGAGACAAGAUUACAAACUAAGGAUUUUAUCAUCACUGCCUGUCAGAGGAGUCAUGACCAAGGAGAUUGAGGCUCUCAUGGUAAAACAGAAGGAGAGUUUUAACUACUUACGCUAUCCAGACAAUUACAUUAUGGACUCUUGGCCUUGCAUGGACAGCAGUGACAUCAGCAAGACUAAACCUAGACUGUCAUCAGAUGAAGAACUUGCAACUCUUAGUCUCCUCUAUGAGGUCUGCAAGACCCCAAAAGAGCAGAAGAUGACAACAUGUGCCCGUGAAAGCAGCAUGUACAUGGAGAGGACAACGAAUAGCUCUUCCCCUGAACUGGCCACGCUGGAGAACGCUCACAUCAUGAAGCUGCUUUCUGAAAGUUUUCCCCCCAGUCACUCAAAGCAAGCAUUACAGAGCACUGACAGCUACACCGGGGACAACUUGUACCCCCUCCUGCACCCAGCACAGAAAUCAUGGCCCUCUGACCAACCCUUUCUGGAGGUGACCCCAGAGCCUCUUGCCUACAGCACGUUUGUGGGACAGACAAGCCCUGUAUACUCCGAGUCCUACUCCAACUCGCCGCCAGACAGAUACAGAAAUGACUUCCAGUUUGUUCUUGGUGCCCCACAAACUUCCCAGCACAAGACAACAGAAAUACCCAUGGUGUACCUCAAUAAGGGACAGUUUUACCCCAUCACUCUGCAGGGAGUGGACAGCACUGCUGGGGUGUCAUCCAGCAAAGUGAAAACGGUGAUCAUGGCUGUGUUUGAGAAUGACAAGAGUCCUGAGAUGCAGCUGAAGUACUGGAACCACUGGCAUGCUCGACAGCCUACUGUUAAACAGAGAGUCAUUGAUAUUGCUGACUACAAGGAAGUUUUCAGUGGAGUGAGUAACGUAGAAGAGGUGGCUUUCAACGCACUGUCCUUUAUCUGGAACACCAGUGAAGAAGCAAAGGUGCACAUUGGCAUCAAUUCUCUGAGCACUGACUUCUCCUCGCAGAAGGGGGUCAAAGGUCUUCCUCUGAAUCUUCAGAUUGACACAUAUAAUUUCAGCUCAGGGAACAACCGCCUCAUUCACAGAGCUGUUUGUCAGGUCAAGAUCUUCUGUGAUAAGGGGGCAGAAAGGAAGAUGAGAGACGAGGAGAGGAAGAGAAGCAAGAGGAGGACCAAGAAUGUUGCAGACUCCAGCAAUAAUAGUUGUAAACAGGCCCUAGUUUCCAGCUCUGUUGGAAAGGACUCUACCUACUUUAAAACUCAAGACGAUCACGCCACACAACCUGUUUUAUUCAUCCCAGAGAUGCACUUCAGCACGAUGCAGCGCUGUGGCCUGGUGCCCCCUGUUAGCCUGGAGGAAAGCGACAGAACAUCACUGAAACGUACCAACUGCUACGCAGACGGCGGUGACCAGGUCAGCUCCCCACCGAGCAAACAAGCCCGCCGAGAUGAGCAACAGAGAGUUCUUCUGUACGUCAGGCGAGAGACUGAGGAAGUAUUCGAUGCCCUUAUGUUGAACACGCCAACCCUCAAGGGCCUGAGAGAGGCGAUUUCAGAAAAGUACGGUAUGCAAGAAGACACCAUUGGGAAAAUCUUCAAGAAGUGCAAAAGAGGGAUCUUUGUGAACAUGGAUGAUAACAUCAUCGAGCAUUACAGCAACCACUCUGCCUUCCUCAUCGAGAUCACUGAAGUCAUGAUCAACCACUUCCAGAUCACACUUAUGGAGCUAUAAAUGACAUGAUCAACUAGUGACACUACACCUGGUGCUGCUGGCAGCUUCUUUCUGCUCUUUUGAUCCAAAAGCAUGACUAUGAACCAGAUUCUGCAGUGCCAGAACCGUCGCUAUAUAAACCGCUCACCUGCCAGCUCACAUUUUCAGUUUUAGCAAGACAUAUCAAUAAUGAACCGUGUAAAUACAAUUUUCCACUUUUGUACCUU